AUGGAGUUUUUUCAUUCAUUGGUUUCAGUAAUGAAUUUGGAGCUGAGAAGAGAAGCUCCUGAGAAGCUAAGCUUUGUUUGGUCUCCGUUAAUGGACAUGGGUCAUCCUCCGGAACAGCUUCAGAUUGUAAUUCUCUCUGAAACCAAUCUAAUCCGUGCAUUCAGGUUGGUAGAAGAACCUAAUGUCAGCACUUUACAUGUAUAUCUCAAUGGGGAAGAAAUUCCAAGCCCACUGAGUGCUCAGAUUUUCGACUUCUGCGAAUCUGAAUUAUUCCAAGAAACAAUACAAAACUCUGAAGUUGCUUCUAGUUCAAAUUGCUGCUAUGAAGAACACUCUUGCUAUCCCACAUAUCUUUCUGGUACAUCAGACAUACACAAAUUUGCAAACACCACAGAUAUCGAUGGCACCACAAAAACAGCCACCCCCACCCCCACCUCUGCUACCACCAAUUCCAGCACCACCUUUAUACCUAAUACCACCACUACUAAUAACAAUGGUAACCUCUCUGCAAUCUUCAACUCCCCAGAGGAGAUCGAAACUGACAUUUCUGCUUCCAUAGACUUCACCCCCUCCCUGCCUUUUAAUGUUCCUCAGCUCCUCACCACCCAACAAGGCCAGUGUGAUAUUCCUACAUUGCAUAAUCAAAUCCCAUCAAUAGAUUUAGUUGAUGGCAUGCUCACACAACACCCUCCUCACCCGCCUGUUGUCCCUCUUUUGGGGAGACCAUUACCUGCCGUUUAUGAAGAUGAAUGCUUAUCUUCAAUGCCUUCUUAUAUGCGUGUGAAUUCUUCAUCUCCUUCUUGUUCUCUUCUUGAUCCCACAUUUGGGCCAUACCUGCCAAGCAAUCCGAAUAUUUCAGUAUCAGCAGAAAAUUCUGGCAUUUUCAAUGGAAAUUUGUUCUUGGGCACCGAACUUUUGCCUCAAGAACUGGAAUUUCAGGGAGAGAAUGGAGGAAUUUUCGGUCCAGAACCUCUGCCACGGGUUUACAAUUCUAGCGAUUUUCAGGCACUUAGUAAUGAGAGUCAACAUCUUGUGAAUGGGGGUGGGAGUUCAAAUCCUUUGACAUCAGAAAUCUCAAGUUUGGAAGAUUCCACAUUCAAAGUUGGCAAACUCUCUGUUGAAGAAAGGAAAGAGAAGAUCCAUCGAUACAUGAAAAAACGGAAUGAGAGGAAUUUCAGCAAGAAAAUCAAGUAUGCAUGCCGCAAAACACUAGCAGACAGCAGGCCUCGAGUCAGAGGAAGGUUUGCAAAGAACGAUGAAUUUGGAGAGGGCACUAGAACCACUUGUAGCAACCAUGAAGAGGACACAGAUGAAGAUGUAGUUGUGAAAGAGCAAGAAGAUAUUGUUGAUUCGUCAGAUAUCUUUGCUCAUAUCAGUGGUGUGAAUUCCUUCAAAUGCAACUACUCCAUCCAAUCUUGGAUUUGA